UUCACCUGGGCCGGCCAGCUGUGGUAGGAACACCUGGCUCGGGUUACAGCAGGGAGAGAGCCAGGGGGGCUGGACUCUAAGACCGAUACGCAGCGAUGACUGCAUGUCUGGAGCAAUCGCCACAAGAGAGAGGGAGAAACAGAGCGAGCAAACCGACUUCAGGAAGACAACAAACUUUGGACGGAGCUCAGCUUUUCUCUCGAAUUUGGGACAGAAGAAUAAAACGGCUGUCAUUUGUUUUUAGGAGCGGAGCGCUGCUACCCUCCAGCCAUGAGUUCUCAGACGAGCUUUGGCAGCAGCAUGCUGUUCCAGGCUAUAAAUGAUGACCUCAAUGCGUCGCUGGCUACAGCGGAUGAGUUAUCCAAAGAGUUCAACUCCCUGCUGAAGGAGGUCUCCUCUGAAAACCAGUCUCGGUCUCAGACCAGCUCUCCAGUCUCCAGAGAGAAGCCUCAGUCCACCAGGCUGUCCAGCACCUCCCUCACUACCAGACAGUCAGGUGGCAGUAGUAAUGGCAGCUCCAGCGCUAUGCCUUUCUCCCCGAGCACAAACCCUUACUAUACCAUGGACUCAGUUUUCUCAAGCAAUAAAACCACCUCUGCUCUGGCCUCCUCCACCAGCUCACUCUCAUCUCCCAAGAUCCAGAGGGAGGCCCACUCUCCGCUUUCUCCAGCUGGAUCUGACAGCUACUCGAUGGGGCAGCAGAGCCCCAAACAGUCGCCUCAUACCCCGAAGCGUUAUUCCCCCUCUACUUACGAAAAGAGCUCACAAGUCUCCAUCAGUUACAAAGAGAGAAGCCCUUCCCCAAACCCCACAGCUGCUUCCUUUGACCAGCCACCUAGGUCCGCCUCGGGGAUCCCGUCCUCCAACCUGCUGAGCCCGUACGACAGCAGCCAGAUGGGUCGCAGGUCACCUCGCAACGACAAAAACCCCUCUCCUUUGUUUUUGAAUCACCUAAUGUCCAACACGCUGCCUCGCAACUUUGGCGGUUUUAGGCAACCUGAUGAGGGUGUGCAACAACAAAAGAGUUCUGGCAAAUGGAAUGAGACAGAUCUGGACGUGUCUUAUGAGAAGAAACCUCACCACGCCUAUGACAAGAAAGAGUGGCUACGGCCGUCUGUGCCAAACAGCAGUUGGAGAGAAUCCAACCUGGAUGGCCCUCCUCCGGCCCCAAGCCCCAAAAAGGAUCCUCGUUCUCCAUCUCUCACAUUUACCCAGGGUUCUCUGCCCCGUAACACUCGUAUAGCAGAUGUUUCCUCCCCUUACACCCCUCAGCCCAUCAUCUCCCGUAUUUCCAUUCCCCCAACUUCUACUCAGUCCCGCCAGCGCAAGCCCAUCCCUCUUUCCGUCAUCAUGCGUCUCCAAAACCCCCACUGGGGAGCCAUGUCCACCUGCGAGCCCAGAGUCCACGGAGGAGAAGGGGGCAUGGCCCCGUACCAACCGCCUGUACCCUUCCCGAGAGAAUUCUUCCACCAAGCUGUUCCCCAGCCACCCGAUCUGAGACAGCCAGCCAUAUACACUGACGUGCUCAACUCAGGCGAUGUAGACGCAGAGUUAGAGCGGCUGGUCCAUGUCCAUCAAAUACCUGUGAUUUCGGAGAAUCCCAGCAUGCCAGAGGGCAGAACUGAGGGUGCCACCCCAGCCCCCCGGCCCCUCAGCCCCACCAGGCUGCAGCCGGUGGUGGGUCCCGAGGCCCAGACCGAGGACAUCCCAGACCGGGAGGAGCUGCUCCGCCUGCGGGCAGAGAUCCCCCGUGCCCUGAAGAGACGGGGCUCCGUGGACCAAUCCCAGCCCCUGAAGAGGGCCUCCCAUUACCAACCCAACCAGUACAAAAGUCUCAUCAACAAGCUUUUUCGCAGGAAGGUCCACCAGCAAAAGGGGGAGCAAGGUAGCGAGAGCGGGAGCUCCUCAGAGGGAGAGGACUUUGCUACACCUCCAGCACCUCUACCGGCACCCACCAUGCUCAGUGAUUUCAGAAACUACCAUUCCAUCCUGCGGCGGUCCAAGCGGGAGCAGAAAUCUGUUGGGAGGCGAGCCCGACUCAGCCCGCUGGUCCUGCUGCUGGACGGAGCGCUGGUCGGAGAACUGGAGAUAGUGCAGCGGGCCGUGCAAGAGAUGAACGACCCCAGCCAACCCAAUGAUGAAGGCAUCACGGCCCUUCACAAUGCCAUCUGCGGCGGACAUUACAAUGUGGUGGACUUCCUGGUUCGCAUUGGAGCCAAUGUCAGCGCACCAGACAGCCAUGGCUGGACGCCGCUGCAUUGUGCCGCUUCGUGUAACGACCGUCCUCUGUGUGAGUUUCUGGUGAGGAACGGAGCUGCUGUCAUGGCCAUAACGGAGAGCGACGGCGCUACCGCCUCCCAGAAGUGUGAUCCUUACGCUGUCGGGUUUGAGGAAUGUGAGAACUUCCUUAGGGGUGUGGAGGCUGCCAUGGGGACGGAGAACAGCGGGGUGCUGUAUGCUUUGUGGAGCUACCCGGCUCAGGCAGCCGACGAGCUGAGCUUCAGAGAGGGAGACAUGGUCACCAUCCUGCAGAAACCUGAAGGCUCGGACUGGUGGUGGGCCUCGCUCUGCGGCAGGGAGGGCUUAGUUCCAAACAACUACUUUGGGCUUUUCCCGAAGGUUCGACCCAAAUCUCUCUGCUGAGUGGUCUCUUGAUGGUGACGAGGACUGUCUCAGAAACUGUUGUUUGACUGGACUGCAUCUGUAUCAAAAGGCUGCAACGCUGCAGGACAUGACAAGGGUUCUUAUCUGUCAGUAGAGUUGAAGGAGAAGUCUCAGUAUUCAUUGGAUUCACUCACGAUCUUUUGAGAAGACAUACCAUUUGUACUGGCUAUGCUGUAGGAUUUGUUUUUCUGGUAAAAGCUACAAGUCUAUACUGUGCUAAACGUCUUCUGUCAAGAUAUGGCUGUCUAUCCGAAGGUUACAAAAAGGCCAUUAUGCCCUGCUGUUUUUACUCAGCUGUGUUCCAGUCACACACUGACAUUUCUGCCUCAUCGGCUGGUUAGUAACGCCUAUGCUCACAGUGGCUGUUCAGUCCACUCAUCAGCAAGGUCAAUGUAACUGUAUGCUAUCAACAAACACAAGCCAUGAUUGCUCAAUUUAGAAAAGGGCCACAUCCGUCAGAGCAUUAUCAACCUGCUCAUCCCUGGAGCAAAGCUGUCUGCUGUCAAUCCAGGUUUAACGUGAAAGAGAUUGGCCAGGAGGUGAUAUUGAGCUUUUAUUUCUGUUACGAUAUUUCUAAAAUGUACUCUUUGUAGAUAUCACUGUUUUUGCAAAUAGUUUAUCUGAUGGAGCCUGUGAUUUUUACAAGCCAAAGCUUUUAGACAUUCUACCAAUGUGGCUUUAAAUGUAGACUUUAAAUAUUUUUAACCAGCCACAGUUGAAACUUAACUGCAUCUAUAUGGUUUCUACUUGGCUCUAGUCUUUGUGCACAAUGUGGGUCCUUCAUGCUGGAAAUCACAGGUGUGUGUUGGGGGGGGGGGUAGCCCCACUUAAAAAUAAACCAUGCUGUGUGUUGUAAAUACUAUAAUGAUACAUUCUUAAAAUAAUUGUGU